CCAACAUUGCUGUAAAUGUCUGCUCUGUACCUUGGGCAGGAGACUAACGUGGAACUGUCUGCUUUAGGAAGCCUAGUCCCCUGACAUUACCUUGAUCAAGAUGUAAUAGCUUUGCGGCCAGAUUGAUGCAGCUGUUGGCAACUUCAUGUGCCAGGACAGGUGAAAGACGAAGCGUGGAAUUGAGGGGGGUGUUUGUGGGGGCGGUGGGCUGCACUUAAAUGCACCCCUCCAUCCCAUUCCCUCAUGAAAAAUAGCUUCAAAACAGCUCAGCUACAACUCAACUAACAUGCCUGUGUCCAAGAAUCAGCCAUCCUAUUUCAGCUUUGUGAAGAGUGCCAGACUGUGGAAUCGAGCAGAGUCAGAACAUGAGCCUCCUAUCCCUCAGCUCGCUUCAGCUGGACCCUCGGUACCAUGUCGCAGAUUUAUUGCCCACAUGAAUGCUUCGCCCAGCACUCUGCAGUCACCAUGGGACCUCACCUCUAGAACCCAAACUCUCCAACCACCAUCUUCGAACACAAAAUCGUCCACUUUCUCCAGGGACCUCUGGAAUACUGCAGUGUGUCCCACGCAUCAAUCCAAACUCCAAGUGAUUUGUCAUGUACCAUUCAAAGCCAGCGCAAAAGUCCUGCCCAGGUCACCAUUGCCCAGCUUGGCAUCUUUGGUGGAAGAAAAGGGAAAGCAGGAAGAUAUUCAGAGAGAAGCUGGACUUGAAGCUGUUGAACAAAACCAAGCUGACGGCCUGGAGGCAAGCACAGACUGUGGCCUCUCUGGUGGGAUUUGGGAUGGUGCAGAUCUUCCUGAGCCAGUGGUAGAUGAGAUGGACAGGCAGUGGGAAGGCGUCAGGAUGGGUGGCACUUUGUCCGAGUGCAGCGGACACUCCUCAUAUGUGAGUGACCAGGGUACAGAGUUCAGCUUGGACAGACACACCAGUAACACAGAAUUGCUUGGCAAAGUAUCCAGCUGUGGAGGUGACAGCAGCACCGAUCUCUCCCACUUCCGCCGCUCUCCGCUUUCUUGGAAUAGCCAAGAUUCCGAAGACUGGGAGCUGAGUGCAGGCAGCAGUGGCAUUCGAUCCGACAGACACCGCCCCCACAAAUUCUCUCCGGAAGCCAGCAGUUUUUAUCAGAGUAUGGUGAACACAGAGGUCAGUUUGUCCAGUUUCCAAAGCACAGGUGACCGGCUGCAAGUAUCACCCUCGAUAGAGGAAAGUUCCUCAGCAGGGAGGACACCUUUGUUUGUAGAAAUCUGGCAUGACCGAGUCCUCAAACAGUGGCCAGUUCUCCCACCUAUAUCAACACAACGAGAUGCCUUGGAAACAUGGUCACCAGGGAGCCCAGGACAAACAGUGCACAGCUACAGCGGCCUCAGUGCUUAUGAAGAACUGGAUGAGAUCAUCCCAUGCACUGGGUCUUCCUUAUCCAAUUGCCCCUUGGAUGAUACACCCCAAGGCGUUUCUGAAUCAGGUCUGACCGAGAGGUUGUCAGUUUCUCAAACGUCCUGGGCCUCGCCAGCUCAUAAAUCACUGUUGGAUAUGAGGUUAUCAUUAUUGGAUCAUCCAAGUUGUGACCAUCAACAGGAGACUCAUCAACUGCAGAAGCAUUUGCCUCAAACCAUGGGAGCAGAAAGCCAGGAGAAGAUUGCCAGUGGCGAGAUGGGGGAAUUGGAUAGAAGUGGCUUCUCAGCUCAACGUCCAUCUGGCAAUUCUUCAGAAUGUAAACUGGGGCCAGUCCAUCAGAGUAAUCAGGAAGACAUGUGUCAAAACAGUCAGACAAUGAUGAGUGAUCCACUAAACAACAAGGCUGCAAACGUCAAUGGUUUGAAGCAGUCCACACGCGACCGCAAUCCACAAUGUUUCAACCGAGAAGCAUUGUCCCCAAAGGAAACAUCAGUCCCCAAGGAUGUUGACUAUUUUAUAUCCACAGAGUCAACGGAUAUGGAAGGGGGAGAUGCCACUUUGUCCUCAGUGGACCAAGUCACUCAACUCAAUGAGGAGCUGGAUUCAAUUUCAAACAUUCCUCAGAGGCCGAGGGAAUCCGAGGCAUCACAGAUGGGUCACAGGUCUUGCCACGCUCCACCAAGGUUGAGCCACAAUGCUCCUGUGGAGAUCGAGAGGUUGCAACGAUUCCAAACACAAAAGACGAAGGCCUUGAGGAUCUUCAGAAAUCUACGGUCAUCACAAGCCUCUGGAGUGCGCAGCUUGGAGACCAACCAGGUCUCCAACAUUCAAAACUUUAAUUUUUUGGAGAAAUAUUGCAUUUUCAAUCGUGAGGAGUUGGCACUGUACAAAAAGAAGUUUAGAGAGGUGGAUAAAGAUAAUGAUGGCUACUUGACUUGUGCUGAAGUAAUAAUGGCUCUGAGAGAAAUGGUCCCAUUUGAGACACUUACUGACUCUGAAGAAAUUUAUAUUUACAGGAUACUGGAAAGCCUGGACUGCCACUUCAUUGAAGGCUUCGCCAAUUUCCAGCUGUUUGCGGUGAUGGUUAGCCUGGCCCGGAAAAUUACCAAACUGGAGGGAUUCAUGAGAUCACUGAUAGGAAACAUGGAUUUCAAAGCCCUUGAACUGAGGAUAGACAGAGCCAAGCAACUCUUCCUGUGUAAUUUGGAAACAGAAUCAACCACAAUCAGCGUGCAGCAGUUCCUGGUGGAGUUGAAAGCUGGUGGAAUCAGCAGAAUCCACGAGGAGGAAGUCAGAAGGGAACUCCAACACACAAAGGCUUUAGACCUGCUGGAUUUUCUCACCUACCUACCACUUUUUGUCCUCAUCCAUAACUCAGUCAUCGCAAACCCAUUGGAUGAUUCCCAGAAGCUCUGAGUUUUGCAAUACGCAUAACAUGCUCUUUCUCAGAAAAUAAAGGAGAAAUAACUUGUGUUUACUAAA